CCAAUCAUCUCCACCUUCCGAAACCAAGAGUGAAAUCACAGAAAUUUGCAACUUCUCUCGAAAAUUUUGAAAGCCAAUCUCUAGUUCUCUACUAUAUUUAACUCUCCUCUCCUUGAAUUCAAUCUUACUCUCAGAUAUGUCGCUAAUUCCAAGCUUUUUCGGCGGCCGAAGGAGCAGCGCCUUCGACCCCUUCUCUCUCGACGUGUGGGACCCGUUCAAGGAUAUCCCUUUCCCCAACUCUCUCUCCUCCUCCGGCUCCUCUUUUCCCGAGCUUUCUCGUGAAAAUUCUGCCUUCGUCAACACUCGAAUCGACUGGAAGGAGACUCCGGAGGCGCACGUCUUCAAGGCCGAUGUUCCUGGGCUGAGGAAGGAGGAGGUGAAGGUGGAGGUGGAGGACGAUCGCGUGCUCCAGAUCAGCGGAGAGAGGAAGACGGAGAAUGAGGACAAGGGCGACACGUGGCACCGCGUGGAGCGUAGCAGCGGCAAAUUCCUGCGGAGGUUCCGGCUGCCGGAGAACGCGAAGAUCGAUAGGGUUAGCGCCGCCAUGGAGAAUGGGGUUCUCACCGUGACUGUACCUAAAGAGGAGGUCAAAAGGCCCGAUGUCAGGGCUAUUGAAAUCUCCGGCAAUUGAGUCGUUUUUAUUUCGUUGAUUGUUGUCUUUAAGUAAAGAUCGUUGAGGAUCUUUCAUACUAUGUAGAAAUGCAACCUUCUGCUUGUGUCGAAGUGUCUGGUUGUCUGUUAUGUGAAAGUGUCUGUAAUCUUAAUCCUAUGAAGUAAUCAGUAAUAUCACGUUUUAAGUUACUUUUCUCUA